CCUUCUGUACUCAAUAAUCCCCAGAAAACCCUUAACCCUAAUUGCAGUACUAUAAAUUAGGGCUCCCUCAUGGAUGCACUUUUCUGUUCUUGUGCUGGUCGCUGAGACGCUUCUCUCUAUCUCUCUCUCUCCUCACUCGCUGCCUCGAAUCACAGGUAAGCAAUGGCGGCAGCUGUGGCGACAACGCCAUUGACGGCGGAACCUACUCAGCCUUACAACGAGGUUAAACUCUUCAACAGAUGGACCUUUGAGGAAGUUCAGGUCAAUGAUAUUUCCCUGAGUGACUACAUUGGAGUCCAACCAGCAAAGCAUGCAACUUAUGUUCCACACACUGCUGGGAGGUACUCAGUUAAACGUUUCAGGAAGGCCCAGUGCCCAAUUGUAGAGAGGCUUACAAACUCAUUGAUGAUGCAUGGUAGAAACAAUGGAAAGAAAUUGAUGGCAGUCAGGAUUGUGAAACAUGCUAUGGAAAUCAUUCACCUUCUAACUGAUCAAAACCCAAUCCAAGUUAUUGUGGAUGCUGUGAUUAACAGUGGUCCUCGGGAAGAUGCUACUCGAAUUGGUUCUGCUGGUGUUGUCAGGCGACAGGCUGUGGAUAUCUCUCCUCUUAGGCGUGUUAACCAGGCCAUCUAUCUCCUCACCACUGGUGCUCGUGAAGCUGCUUUCAGAAACAUCAAAACCAUUGCAGAGUGUUUGGCAGAUGAGCUUAUCAAUGCUGCAAAGGGCUCUUCCAACAGUUAUGCCAUCAAGAAAAAGGAUGAGAUUGAAAGAGUUGCCAAGGCCAACCGUUGAGGGAUGAAUGCAAGAUGGCAGUGGAAAAAGUUUUUUAUUUUUCUCAAGAUUUUUGUAGUUCUGUUCUAAAACUUUGGGUAGUUCUGUUCUAAAACUUUGGGAAGACUAGUGAUUUUGUCAUUUGUGGCAGAGGUUGCUCUCUUUUUAUUUGGUGUUAUAUCAUGUUAUUAAGAAUCCAUUAGCGACUUAAAUUGC